AUGUCUAGCAAGACUACCAAGAUCCACUUAGUUCCUCUGCCAAAGGGCUCCGUUCUCCUCCCGGGUGUCACAUCGCGGAUACCAGUUACCAAUCGCCCUGAUAUCGCAAACCUACUCACUACGUUGCUGGAUCCUUCCACCAAACGAGAAGGUACUCCUGUUACAUUCGGUUGCGUCCCGCUCAGCUCCCCGCUUUUGAGUAAGGAUGGUACACAGCUUAUAGAGGAUGGAGGCCUGGAAGAUGAAGAACGAGAAGAGUUCGAAUCAAUCGAUGCCGGCCAGGCGAGAAAGGAUGAUCUCUUCCGAUAUGGCACGGUCGGCAAAGUGAUCGGGGUCCAGCGUCGUGCCUUUGCGGAACCCUUUCUUAUCGUGCAAGGCAUUCAACGGUUCAAAGUCAAGCGCGUCUUCAGAGAGAGGCCUUUCUUUGAAGCCGAUGUCGUUCUCUAUGAAGAGAAAGAGCCAGUUCCAAACGACUCGGAAAUUCUCGACCUGUUCCAGCAGUUGCGGCGUCUUUCACGGGAGCUUCUAGCACUUCUGCGUUUCUCCUCUCUGUUGCCUUCUGUCUCAUCGCCCAUAUCGCCGAUCGUUGCGCGCAAGUUCGAACUGUAUAUAUCGAAGACAGCCCUGUCACAGGCAGGAAAGCUGGCUGAUUUUAUGGCGGAUAUUUGUGAAUCAAGCUUUGAGGAGAAGCUCCGAAUCCUAGCCUCAUUGGAUACCAAGCAGAGACUCGAAAGGAUCAUUGAAAUCCUCAGCCGUCAGGUUCAGAGCCUCAAGGGCAAUAUCAAAAUUACGACGAUCACCACUCCCAAGGCUCAUCAGAAUUCGGGGCUCGACAUCACUCAGAUCGGCCCACGGGAACGCGACAUGCUGAUGAGACGAGGAAUUUCUGGAUUAGGCGGCCUAACACCACCUGGAAUGGGAGGCUGGCGUGGUGGUGAGAAUGAUGAGAAGGAACCUAAUGAAAUUGACGAACUUCAGCAGAAGCUUCAGGAUGCACAGCUUAAUCCCGAGGCAAGUAAAGUCGCCGAUAAAGAACUGAAGCGCCUGCGAAAGAUGAACCCUGCCAACGCUGAAUAUGGAGUUUGUCGGACGUACCUCGAGAAUCUUGCCGAGAUUCCAUGGACGAAGACUACAGAAGACAAGCUUGACCGUGAAACGUUGAAGAGGGCUAGGAGGCAAUUGGACGAGGAUCAUUAUGGAUUAGAGGGAAUCAAGAAGAGACUCCUUGAAUACUUGGCUGUGCUGAAACUGAAGCAGUCUACGAACCAAGGGCUUGAACUGCAAAUUGCCAAGCUUACGAAGGAGCUCAGUUCCUCCGCCGAUGAUGACGAGAAAGAAACCGUCCUGUCCGAAUCGGACAAGGACGCUCAUGAGUCAAAACUCCGCCUUUUGCAGUCCCAGCGUGCGGUCGAUAAGUCUCCGAUUCUCCUUCUUGUUGGGCCUCCUGGGACUGGUAAAACCAGCCUAGCGAAGUCUAUUGCUACAUCCCUCGGCAGAAAGUUCCAAAGAAUCUCCCUCGGCGGUGUCAGAGAUGAGGCCGAAAUCCGAGGCCACCGGAGGACCUACGUCGCUGCAAUGCCAGGAUUGAUAGUCAACGGCCUGAAGAAGGCGGGUGUUGCGAAUCCUGUAUUCCUACUUGAUGAGAUCGACAAGAUCGGAGGCCCUAACUUCCAGGGGGAUCCCUCUGCAGCAAUGCUGGAGGUUUUGGAUCCCGAGCAAAACCAUACGUUCACGGACCACUAUGUCAACAUUCCGAUUGACCUGAGCAAAGUCCUCUUCAUUGCGACUGCCAAUACGCUAGACACGAUCCCCCCGCCUCUACUUGACCGUAUGGAGACCAUUACGCUGUCCGGCUACACGACAAUUGAGAAGAGACACAUCGCUAAACGGCACCUUGUUCCCAAGCAGAUUAGAGCGAAUGGGUUGUCUGAUGGGCAAAUAGUUCUCUCUGACGAAGUGCUUGACAAGACGAUCACCUCUUAUACUCGUGAAUCAGGCGUUCGCAAUCUCGAGCGUGAGAUCGGAGCGAUCUGUCGCUACAAAGCUGUCCAGUUUGCGGAUGCGACAGAUGCAGGCAAGGAGAACACAUACAACCCCGUCGUUUCUCUUGACGACUUGGAGGAAAUCCUCGGCGUUGAACGUUUUGACGAAGAGAUCGCCGAGAACCAUAGUCGCCCCGGCAUAGUCACCGGCCUUGUUGCAUACUCCACAGGCGGCCAGGGCAGUAUCCUUUUCAUUGAAAUCGCAGACAUGCCAGGAAACGGUCGCGUCCAACUUACAGGCAAGCUGGGCGAUGUUCUCAAGGAGUCUGUCGAGGUGGCCCUGACCUGGGUCAAAGCCCAUGCCUUUGAGCUAAGUAUCACUCCUAAUCCCAACGAGGACAUAAUGAAGAAUCGCAGCGUGCAUGUCCAUUGUCCAUCCGGUGCCAUUCCCAAGGAUGGACCGUCGGCCGGUCUUGCACAUACUAUUGCUCUGAUCUCCCUCUUUACCGGAAAGCCCGUGUCACCAUAUAUUGCCAUGACGGGUGAAAUAUCUCUUAGAGGCAAAGUGAUGCCUGUGGGAGGCAUCAAGGAGAAGCUCAUCGGCGCCUUACGUGCUGGCGUCAAGACAGUCCUAUUGCCCUACCCAAAUAGAAAGGAUGUCAAGGACGUGCCUCAGGAGGUCCGCGAUGGUUUGAAGAUAAUAUAUGUCACCCACAUUUGGGAAGCGAUCAAGCAUGUGUGGCCCGAUGCACACUGGCCUGGAAAGACACAAUUGGAUGUCUUUGAGAGCAGGCUGUAG